AUGCUUAGUAGGAUCUCCACAUCUCGACAGUCAUCUCGUGUUUCUGCCGCGUUAUCUCUUCUCGCGGUUCUAUCCGAUGGAAGCAACUGGCUGCUUUGGGGUUUGAAGAAGUUUGAAAAAGUCAAACCCGCCGUCGUUGCGAUGAUCGAUCGAAAUCUCGCUCAAGUCAGGGAAGAAAUCUUAGACGCUAUCAAGAGCAUUCUGAUUCUAUGGCAGACCCGAGCGUCUGGUCUUUUCUCAAAUGCUACGCUGAACGCAGCUUCUGUAUUGAUCAGAAGAUGCGCAAAGGAUAAAGUUCUGUAUCUCGAGAAGAUUUUGACAAUUCCUGGGGUUACGCUUUCUGUCACAAGAAAAUCUCCUGAAUCGAGUGUUCACUGGGACGAGAUUUGGCUACCUGAUCUUUCUACCGAUUUUUCAAAGUACUCCGGAACAUCAGCUCUGUCUAUCUACGCUAAUUCUCUCUACAUCCUAUCACUCAAAAAAGACUACACGAUCCAACAACCGAUCCUGGAACUAUUCAUUCGGAUGUUGGAACACAUCCAAGAAAACACUGACCAUUCCAAAGCGUCCAACAUGUCCUGGCAUCCGAUUCUUGGCUACUGCGUUGAUUCGAACGAGACGCAACCAGACUCGGAGCAAUUAGCUCUCAUUCAGGAACAGCUCGGGUGUAUGUGGAAGAAGAAUCUAGUCGCGAUGUUUUUCUUUGAUGUACUCAACAUGGAGCGUUUAGAGAACGGCAUGACGUUCAAGGAGCCUUCUAGUGCGGAUAUAAUGGCUCAGCGGACGAAAGAAAAGAUAAGCAAGACUUCUUUCGGAAAAACUUCCGUUGGCAGUUUCAUUCAACGGGCGAUCGGAGGCAUUCCUACUUCUAUGAAACAAGUCGGCGGGAGACAUUUGAACUACCCAGAAGUCGUGAUGACUACGAAAGCAUGUUAUCUGUACACACUCUGCAUGUCUGUAUUCGUGGAGAAAAUAAAGCUGGAUAUUCUGACGGGACUGUUUGGCGUGGAAACGUUUCUGAAGCGCCUUUGGGUCUUCAUUUGUGAAAUGGGACCUUCGGGAGGACUCAAUGUUUUUGAAAAAAUCGCGGAAGAGGAUACUCCCGAGUUAAGACAGGCUAAUGCGCCGUAUUUGGCUGUUCUAUCUCUUUUCUGCCAGUGUUCCGCUUUGCUGCUUUCCAUAGCCGACGAGGACGAGUUCUUCGAAAAACAGCACCCGUUCUCACUGGAGGAAUCGAAAACGAUAUCGUUGUUUCUGAAGAAUUUCUUGUUCAAACUCGUCUGGAAAGGGGUCGUUGGCGGAACGGAACGAAACAAUUUUACAGCGAUCCAUCGACAUGGCCUAGAUCUCCUUGUACUGUUCUAUGAUAAGGACACGCGGCGAAGUUUUACUGAUAAGGGACAUUGGCUUAUCAAAUUGGUGAAACCGGCGACGAUUAUGGGGGAAUUUGACAAAGGGAAACCGCGCGCACGUUUAAUCCUCGAGCAGAUGCCUUUUCUCAUACCUUUUGAUAACCGUGUUAGCUGCUUUAGAAAGCUCAUCCAGGCGGACCAAAAGGGCGCUAACAGGGGCUACGACGCGGGCAACAUCCCGCAUCAUAUCGUUAUCAAGCGAACACGACUUAUCGAAGACGGUUUUAACCAACUCAGCCGGCUGAGAGCUAAUCAACUGAAGUCAACUGUCCGUGUAAAAUUUUACAAUGACUUAGGACUUGCCGAAGCGGGUAUUGAUCAGGAUGGUGUGUUCAAAGAGUUUUUGGAAGAAACAGUGGCGAAGAUAUUUGAUGUUCAGUUCAACCUUUUCCAGGCAACUAAACUCGGCAAUUCUUUGUACCCGAGUCAUAUGGCAUCUUCUUCCUCCGACCUCGAGCUUUUCAAUUACAUCGGAAAGCUGCUCGGAAAAGCAGUUUACGAAGGUAUUGUUUUGGACGUCCACUUUGCCCCUUUCUUCUUGCGACAUCUUUCCCACCACUCGGCGAAUGCGUUGUACUCCUCAAUUGACGACUUGCCAGCUUUUGACCCAGAACUAGCGAAGAACUUGGCAUAUGUCAAGCACUGUGAAGAUGCAGCAGACUUGGGGCUAAAUUUUGAGUGGACGGAAGAUAUUCUAGGCCAGAUGAAAAGCUACGAGCUCCGCACUGGCGGGCGCGACAUCGCUGUCACAAACCAAAAUAGGAUUUCUUAUAUCCAUAGUGUGGCGCAUUUCCGGCUCUUUAGGCAGAUUAAGGCUCAAUCCGCGGCAUUCUCGUCCGGAUUUCAUCAAUUAAUCAACCGCGACUGGCUCUCCAUGUUUUCUACUUCUGAGCUGCAGCGACUCAUUUCCGGGAACAACGACGGCGAUAUUGACUUUGCCGAUUUGAGGAAGCACGUGCUCUACUUUGGCGGCUUUCACGGCCGCCAUCGAGUGAUUGUCUGGCUCUGGGAUAUUCUCGAGAACGAUUUCAAAAAGGAUGAACGAUCCGCUUUCCUAAAAUUUGUAACAUCUUGCUCUUGCCCUCCGCUUCUUGGAUUUGCCCAUCUUCAACCCCCAUUCUCCAUUCGAUGCGUAGAAGUUGGCGAUGACGAUGAUCGAGGAGACACUCUUGGAAGCGUUCUUCGAGGCUUUCUGUCUGUUCGAAAGACGAAAGUCGUUCAGGGUCGCUUGCCGACUGCUUCCACGUGUUUUAAUUUGCUCAAGCUGCCAAACUAUUCGAAAAAAUCCAUUCUCCGAGAAAAGCUUCGACUUGCAAUAACCAUGAAUACAGGCUUUGAACUGUCGUGA